AUGGCCUUCUAUGCAUCUGAUGACCAGAGACCGUCGGGUAUGUCAAAGUCCGCGACGUUCCACAGCUUCAGCGAGUCGCACGACGAGAAUCUGAUCAUGCCAUGGCGCGACCGUUAUCCCGGCGCCUGGGACUACCCGCCGGCCGAAUCGAGCAGUAGCGACGGCUACGAGGACGAGGACGACGUCGUGGUCGUCGGCCAAGACAUCACUGCCGACUAUCUCGGACAAAUGGUCCUCCACGACGUCGUUUCUAGUCAUCCGAAUCCGGACGUCGAGUUUGACGAGCAGGAAGAAGAAGAGCGAACGACGACACCUACGUCAGAACAACUGAUCGAGGAGAAUAAGAUUCGGAAUGGGCAGAAGAAGAAAGGCGACUUGAUGAAACGAAGCAGCACCUUUACUUCUUGGCUCAACAUGUUCGUCAACAAAAGGCGCAGCGGCACGUCGUCUUCUGCUUCUCAGCAUCGCUCCUACAUACGUCCUUCUGUUUCUCUUUGUACGAAACUUUCUGGUUUUUUUUUUGGUUCAAUGCUGUCGUAAGGAAAACAAAAAGCACCAACCUCUCUUCUCGGAUUGAAAAAAGAACUUUCAUAGUUCACUAGAAAUAAAUGUUUCUAGUUUACAAAUUGCUUUUUCAGCGGUAGUCCAAGAAGCAACGGUCCUAGGGUCAGAUGGUGAAAGCGUCGAAGUUUCUCCUUGCACGUCGGAUCAAACGCCCACUGGCGUUCCGCCAAGGUUUUCCUUCUAACAAAUCAAAAAGGGGAACCCUCGAAAAUUCAGGCCUUUCUAUUCUAGUUUUUCAACUGGAUUUCUUUUCAUUUUCUCAAAACACCGUAUGGCGGCCAAAAUAUGUAAAUAAUACACAAAAUCGGCAUUCGAGGAACGGUCACAAAAAUUGGUUUCAAAAAUGAUAGUGACUUGUGAGUUUUACGCGUGAAAAUCCAGUUGGAAUUGUUUGGGCUUUUUGAAAUGCCUAUUUCGAGUUCUUUGCAUGAUCAUUUUGAACGAAAAACAACUCGAAAUCGCCUUCGAACACGUCACAGGAAAGCGUGCGCGUGAAGUUUUGCAAUGGCUGUAGACACCGAGACGCAAUAGUUGCUUCGAGAGUUUUACGAAAAUAUUUAAAAAUGUUUGGUUUUUUCUUGUUAAGAAUGAAUUUAGAAUUCGCUAAACUUUUUUUCCGCAAAGACUUUUUUUCACCAAUUUAGUUCGUUUCAUGACGAGAACAGGAAAGGCCUAUUAUUAAAAGCAAAGUUUUUUUCCGGAACGACCUUAGUUUUCAAAUUUAAAUAUUUUUUUAUUUUAUGCGUCACUCAUUUUCUAUUCUUUUUUUCUUUAAAAGUUGCUGUUUUGAAGGUAUAUCGUGAACGUGAAGAUGCGUCAGAAGCCUUCGAGAAAAUGGAGUGAGGUUCGUUUUUAUUUGAUUUCCCUAUUUAUCACUUUUAAUUGAAGUUGUGCAAAAAGGAAAUGGUCAGGAAAUACAUUUGUUGAAAAAUUUACUCGCAAUAGAUCUUGUUCCCGUAAAAAACGUUCCCUAGUGAGUAGGAACGUUACGACAAGAAAAAAAAAUUGAUAGAUCAGGGAUUUUUUUAAUUUUUCUUCUGGCCGAUGUGUCUAUAGUGGCAUAGACGAAUAAACAAGUUCCUCAAAAUUAAAACGGAAUUUGUCACUGAAUCGGAGAAUUAAAGAAUUCAACUGGUUAGAUUUUUUUCGGAUAUAUAACGAUGUGGGUUUUUCAUCUGAAUAACUCGAAGCGUAAAGCAAAAAUAAAAUUAAUGGAUCUUACGGUAGAAGCUGCCGUACCUUGGAAAAGUAAUUGAUUUUUUUUUCAGGAGGAAAUCCAAAAGCGUCUUUCGCUCCCUGCUGACCUCCGACUACCAGUCGCCGUUGUGGAAAAAUUAAACCGAACGCCGACGUUAGACCAACCGCUGACGAGAAAAAACCGCCGUGCCUCUCUGGUUAGUUUUUCAUUCACGGAAAUUGCAAAAUGUCGAGGUAUUGGAGUUUGAUGAAAGGGUACUUUACAAGGAAGGUCAUUCAUUUUACGGUUUAGAAUUUCAUACAAAUUCGCUCAAACACUCUUUCUAGAUCUAGAUGGAGAUUCCUCAUGAUCGCUAUCUGCGCAAACCUAGUUUUUUAGAUAUAAUUUUUCAAAAUUUUUUAGGCCUCAGUUUCCGACCCUCAAAAUUGUUUAUCUUAAAAACUAGAAGCUGGCGCGGGUUGCAACUUUUAUGGGUGAUCAUAUUAACCUUCAGAAAUCGUUUAAGAAAAUUUUUAGGAAAUUCCAGACCCCAAAGUAAAAUGACUUCCCGUGUUAGGACCUACUGAGCCCAAAGAAGUAGAAGAAAGUAAUCUUUUUGGUUCUAGUCAAUUUAUGGCACCGUAGUUGCAAGGGUCGAUAGGCGCGGGGACUUUGAUUGUCAGUGAAGUUCACUUAUUAAACGGUGUUUUUGUUAGUGGAGGAAAAUGCAAAACCAAAAACGAUGGGAAGGGAGCCAAAAUUCUGCCGAUCUCAUGUGACGGCAUGGGAAACACGCGUCAACAACAGGAAAUAUUAAAGGCGCAUGAUCAAUGGGUCGUGAGACGAAUCGUUUUUUCAUUUUAAAAAAACGCAAUAAAGUUCCAGAAAUAAAAAUCAGGGUAUCUUUUUGACAAAAAAGUUUCAUUUUCAGAGCGAAAUCGGUUUUGGCAAGUUGGAAACGUACGAGAAGUUGGAAAAGCUCGGCGAAGGAACCUACGCGACAGUUUACCGCGGAAGAUCGCUAUUGACGAACAAAUUCGUAGCCCUCAAGGUAGUGAAAUUUUUUAUAUGAUUCACGCUGUCGGAAGCACCUUAGAAGAGGCAUCGUGACGGCAUAGUCUGCGUGCCACGACUUGAAAUUUUACUUAACGACAUUCCGCUGUUUCGCUGCGUGCGGCCCACGAAGCGCGUCGUUGGAAAAGCCGCCGUGUCGUGGCAUCCAGACUAUACGAAGGCGUCAGAGAAAAAAAAGUAGCUAAUUUUUCAAAUGAGCUGUCAAAAUGUCGCGAUGUUUUAUAGUGAGCCUGUUUCGAAUGCCUUUAUAGUGAUUUGAACUGUCUUGCAUUAAAAGAGUUUUUGAGAUUUUAAAAGGAGUUAUAAACAAAAAUAAUCCUCGGAACUUAAUAUUUAACAAGGCAUUACUUUUUACAGGAAAUACGGUUAGAACAAGAGGAAGGCGCGCCGUGCACGGCGAUCCGAGAAGUAUCGCUUCUGAGAAAUCUGAGGCACGCCAACGUCGUCACCCUUCAUGAUAUUAUUCACACCGAUCGACUUCUUACUCUAGUUCGUUCUUUCUUUUCAGAAAAAGUCUGUGAAGUUCUAAAAACUGAAAAAAAAGUUGAAACAUAAGUUGCCUGUUCACGGCUGGCCGGAAUAAAUUAAACUGUGUUAAAUUCUUUCUUUAAUGGCUCAACCAUCCUCGAGUGGGCUAUAGCUGAACUCAAAUAAGUUGAAAAUAAUGUAAAUUAAUAAUAAGCUUUGAAUAUUUUUCAACAAUCAAUUGAAUUUUUAGUUUAAAAAAACACAUUUGAUGAACUAUUUCAAUAAAUAACUUUCCAAGCAACUUUGUUUUCUUUCUUUUUUUGAAUGAGAUUUUGAGCUGAAGUUCUUCAAAAUUUUGGUACUACGACUUGAGCAAGUUUUUCUUUUGCGAAGAGUACUGUAUGUAGAAGUCCGCAUUUGGCGUGUUUGCACAUUGCGCGUGGCCCAUCUCCGCGUUUUUUUCCGAGUUUUUUUUUUAAUUUCAUGAAAAUAGAUUAAAACUUAAGGAAACAGUUGAAUUGAAUCAACGAUUCAUUCUGAGUUAUUAUGAAAAAAAAAAACUAAAAAUUUCAAAAUAACAAUAAUGUCCUCCUCAUAUGUAUUUUCUCACCCUUCAUAUUGAUUAAACACACUGAAAUGAAAAAAAGGAGAUAGACUACGCGCAAUGUGCAAACACGCAAAGUGGGCGCGCCAAAUGCGGACUUCCACAUACAGUGCUUUUUGCCAAAGGAAAACUCUUGUAGUAGCACCGAAAAUGAUACGUUUUCCAGGUUUUCGAAUACGUCGACCGGGACUUGAAGCAAUACAUGGACUCAUUCAACGACUACUUGAAUAUGAACAAUAUCCGGGUUAGACUUCCCCCCACAGUUUUUUAUUUUUCUUCUCUUUGUUUUUCAGCUUUUCCUAGUUCAACUUCUUCGCGGAUUAUCCUACUGUCACCAAAGGAGGGUCCUCCAUCGUGACUUGAAACCACAGAACCUUUUGAUUACCGCCAAAGUACGAAAACAUUUUGCUAUCCUUGACAAGAAUAUUGUUUCUAGCUGGCGACUUUUUUCAUUCUGAAAGUUUCAGGGAGAACUGAAGCUGGCUGAUUUCGGACUGGCGCGAGCGAAAUCCGUACCGACUAAAACCUACUCGAAUGAAGUUGUGACAUUGUGGUAUAGGCCGCCCGACGUUUUACUAGGUAUCCAAUAAAUCCCAGUAUUGAUUGCAUUUAAACAUUUUCAGGCUCAACUGAUUACUCAACGCACAUCGAUAUGUGGGGCGUUGGGUGUAUAUUAUUCGAGAUGGUCACAGGAAGAGCUCUGUUUCCUGGCUCUACUGUCGAUCAGCAGCUUGGCCUCAUUUUCAGGUUCAACUUAAAAUAAAUAUAUAGUCAGUCUUCCCGCUCUUGAAAGGCGAUAUCUACCCAGAUUAGCAAGGGUGACGCGUCUUCUGAUAAGACCAUGGAAAAAGGGUACUUUGACAAAGGCGAGUUUUCCUUUUGCGAAGAUUACUGUAUGCGAAGUUCUGCAUUUGGCGCGCACACUUUGCGUGUUUGCACUUUGCGAGUGGUCCAUAUCCGCGUUUUUUUUUUCAGUUUUGUUUUAAAUUUUAUGGAAGUAGAUUAAAAAUAUUAAAAAUCAACAAAACAGUGGAGUUGGACCAACUAUUGACUCUACAUUAUUAUUAAACGAAGCUAAAAAUUUUAAAAUAAGAAUUUUAAAAAAAGGAGAUGAACUACGCGCAUUGUGCAAACACGCGAAGUGCACGCGCCGAAUGCGGACUUCCACAUACAGUACUCUUUGCGAAAGGAAAACUCGCUCACUAAUGCCGUGUUCAAAGUGAUUCCGUGAAAUUCAAAAUAGCCGUCAGAGAAAGAGAAAGUUAACUAAAUUUUAGAGGGUCAGAGACAAUUUCGCAUUUCGCGGAAAUUACUUUGAACACGGCAUAAUAAUAACUGCCGCGUCGCGUAUUUACGCAACGCUUUACCCUUCCAAUCUACCCAUCCUCUCAAAGUUGACUAUAGACAUGAAACUUGUGAACAAUAUCACUGAGAAACGUCUCGAUUCACUUGGCUUAUUGGCGAAUAACUCGGCCACUAGAUUUUAUUUUUUUUCUCAAUUUUGUAUCUCUGUUCGAAAAUGACUGUUGAGGUAGGUAAAAAAAAAAUGAGAUAUGGUUGUUUCAAGUUUGAAAAGUCAUUAUUUUAUAGAAUAACACAAAAAGAAAUGAAUUUUCUUGUAAGAAAGUAUGUUGAAGAACGCUUGGCGCGCCACGACCGGACCGGCAUCCGACGAUCUGCGAGCGGCCGGCCUUCCAGCCCUACAGUGACCGCGAAUACCACCACCAGCCGCUGUACCCUCAGAUCCCGCGUCUCGAAACCUACGGCUACGAGCUUCUUGUCAAGUUCCUCCAGUACGAGGGCCGGGAUCGCAUCUCUGCCGCCGACGCCAUGCGUCAUCCUUACUUGAAAAAUAUCACUGCCAAGGUUUCAAUUUUUUAAGACCCUAAAAAAAAUAGUCGGAAAUACUUAUUUUAACUGAUAAAAAAACGUUUUAGAUCGCUCACCUGCGCGACGAACAGUCUGUUCUCGAAGCAGAAGGGAUCAAGAUUGAACGCGAGCGGCCUCUUUAUGAACGAAAAUCCUAUGACCUUAUGAAAUAUAUAUGA